GUUUUAAUUAUUGACGAAAUUGCAUUCUUUUAAGUUUAAUUAUGUGAAUUUAUGGUGUUUAUUUUGUUAAAAUUGGACAUUUUCUUCGAGUAAAUUCUUGUUUUGUCAUGUUUUUUGGUUGAAAUACCUCUUUGCCUUUUCACAACAUUUUGAAUUUUUUCUUCAAUCUUCAUAGUUCAACGCAAUAAAAUCAGUUAACUGUUCUCUCUCCGAUUCUGUUGAUUAAAAAUUGUAUUCAUGAUGCAGUUACUUCGUGGACUGGCAAAUCUUGGUUUAAAACAGUCAAAUACAAUUUUAGCUCGCAACAAUCUGAUCAAUAAUGUUGUGAAACUUAACAAACGGAACAAGAUGAAUGUUCAUAGUGAAGGAAAAAUGGUCGUCUCAUUUUUGGCUCAAGAAGAUUAUGACAGAUUGCUCGUUAUGUCUUAUAGUGACAUGGGCUUCAGGUUAACUAAUAAUCUUUUUCUUAUGGGUCCUAUUGUUUUAUUUCCGAAGCAAUUGUAUUCUUGGAAUGUUGGUGAUGCUUCAAGAGUUACUCCAGCCUCUACGAGUUUAUUUUACUUGUUAGUUCCUAAAGUUGAUUUAGUCGUGUUUGGUUAUGGAGAUCCUGGAAACUCAAUUCCUUUGGAAACACGAAUUUUCUUGCAGAAUAAAGGAAUCAACUCUGAAUGUUUGCCUACAAAAGAUGCAGUUGCUACUUAUAAUUAUUUAGUUGAUGAAGGAAGGCGAGUUGGCGGAGCUUUUAUUCCUCCGACGAAAGUUUAUCUUACAAUGGAUGAUGAAAUGGCCUACAAACAAACUGGACAGAAGCGGUUUGGAGAACUCGACUCUAGAUUUUACAACAGACUGGCUGAAGAUGAUUAUAUUUAUGCGGAAUUAAGUAGAUUAAGAAUUGCAAUGCAAUCAGGCGAAAUGUCACGAGAAGAGAUAAAGAAAAGAGUCAAAGAGCUCAGAGAAAUGGCCAGGUCAAUAGAGACUAAAAGUGAAAUUUAAGUGUUAAAAAAUUAGACUUCUAAUAUUGUAUAUAUAAUUAAAAUAAAAUUAUAGUAGCUAAUUAAAUAAAAA